ACGGAACCGAGCAGAGAGCGCGGUACCCUAUUUACCUUGGACCGGAUUAUGCUGCAUGGGACUCAUCACAAAAACAACACAGCAGUUAAAGAUUCUUCAUCUCCGUGAUGAGACAAUACACCACGUCCCGGGACAUGGCCAACCCGGGAGGCUCGUGCGUGGCCUGCUGCCAAGUUUGCGUUUUCGCGUUUACAGCAUUUCUCAUUGUGGCUGAGCGGACUGCGCUGAUCUAUUGUUUCGUGUACUACCUGUGGGUGGGGCAUAACUACUGCUACGGCCACUGGGCGGGGCUAACGGCCUUGUUUCUCCUCCCUGGAUGGGGCCCCCAGUUGCUAAGUUGGCUGUGGUACCAGGCAGAUGGACAUAUACGCAGCAAAGAUCUCAAAUGGACUCACAUCCUGCACCUGGGCAUCUUUAGAAGGUUAUGGGAGACUAUGACAUCCACUGGAGAGGAUCGGUGUAGUGAGAUAAUGCAGCAGGCUGAUGUUUCAGCUCUCCGCCUGUUGGAGGCGCUGGUGGUCACUCUGCCACAGACUAUCCUGCAGACAUACGUCCUCAUCUGUACCGAUGUAGGACUCUCUUCACCAGUGUCAGUGUGUUUUGCGGUGUGUCUGCUGUCCCUGGCCUGGGCCUUAGUGCUGUAUGCCAGAGCCUGUUCCCUCAUCAGACCUGGACAUCUCCCCAUGACCCCCGCUGCUAUCGCCUGUAGACUGCUCUGGAGGGUCAGUAUGUUGGGAGCACGUCUCGCCACCCUCACGCUCUUCACACGCCUGUUCCGCCAGUGGGUACUUGGAGUUAUUGGUCUUCACUGGUUGGGUGCUACGUUCUGGUUGGUGUCGCAGCAGAGUGACAUCAUUAAAACGCCACUGCGCUGGCACCUGUUCAACCUGGUUCUGGGAGCUAUUCACAUCUUCCUCUUCCUCAACGUCAAAGACGGAGCCUCCAGAUGCCGCAUGGCCGGCUUCUACUUGGCCAUGUUUAUCGAGAACGCUCUUCUUCUGCUGGCAGGUUCCGACUUCUUCAGUGUUGCAUCAUGGGAUAGCAUGGGUAUCCCAGCCGCCGUGUUCUGUAGUUUCCUCAUUGGAGUGAUAGCUUUAGUCCUAUACUACCGGUUCCUCCACCCUAAGUCAUUUGAGAUCUUCCAGAGCAUACGUCACCAUGGAAUGAGCGGAGCUUGUGCGGACCGGGGCUCUUCUCUCUCAUUGGAGGAAAAGAACCAUCGCCACGGUCAACUUGUGGGUGGCGGGAAUCUGCUGGAGCUCCCUAGCCAAUGGCAGGGAUGGAAGCACCACCACUGGCUGCUGAUUCGCCUAGCCCUGAAGACGGGUGAUGUGGCUAGAAUAAGCCAUGCCUAUGGCGAAGGGGGAUUGGCCGGGCUGCUGGGACUAGAGGAAGAGACUCUGCCAAGGUCCCCAGACAUUCCGCAACGUUCUCUCAACGUUCCACAACAUUCCCCCAACGUUCCACAACAUUCUCCCAUCGUUCCCCAGGUUGACCAGGUCAGACAGGUGGAGGAGGUUAUAAAGGCAGCCCAAGCCAGAGACAUCAUCAGUGAGGUGAGACAGGCAGUGAGACAGGGGGAGGUGAGACAUGUGCUGCCCUCACCCUCUCCCAUCCAUGAAGUCAACCCGCCGCUGGUGGAGGUCCUAGUUGAGGAGGUCAGAGGUCACCUCUCUGAGCCCACCAACCCGCAGGACAACUCCAGCCCCCCUCCCUCCAGCCCCCCUCCCUCUGACGAUCGAGACGACGAAGACUUCCAGAGCGCAACGUACUGCUCCCCCACACCGUCUUCUCCCAAGUACCCAGACUACCGCCACAUCGACAGCAACGUGGUCACCUCAAACACCGAAGGGUCAUCUUCUGCAGGGUCACUGGAUGUCAGACGUGGUUCGUCUCCAGAGAGGUCACCGUCCCUGCUGUUGGGCAUGGGAAGCCCCCAGCGGAACUUUAACCCCACGGAGUCUGGCACCACCUUGUACUUCAGCAAUGACCCAGUCUCCCCGUCCAGUGGCAGUUACCUGGGCUGGGGGUCUGAGCUGUCACCCAUCUCCACCUACCGGAGCCCCUACCGCAUCAGGGAGCCCCUCUUCACCUCCACCCCCAGACAGGAGCCUCGUGCUGGGCCAGAGGAACCAGGUCCUGGCCCCUCUACCACCGCCACCACCACCAUCACCACGCAUGCUAGAAAACAACUGGUCCAGUUUGUAGACCAUAGAGAUAAAUUGAUCUAAAGGGGGACAAUGGGUGUAGUGAGAUGAUCAGACCUGGUCAAAUACAUGUAAAAUACUCUCAAAUACUUAUUGAGGUGUGUUUGAUUUCGCUUGACCGGUGUGCAGCUGGUUGGGAGGAGUUUACACUUUUGGGACUAUUUCAUUGGUUCCAUUGUACCACUGUUCCAUUCCAUUCCAAGCUAAAUCAAGUGUGCCUAAAGUAUUUGAAAGUAUUUAACAUUAUUGGAUUUGACCCAGGUCUAGAGAUGAUAUAGAACACAAUAAAUAGAGAGUAUGUUACAAUAUAUAUGACGUUAGCCUGGGUGUAAGGCUGGUUCAGUAUUCAACAGUGCUAUUACAACAUCGUUUUCAUGCCAGACAACUGGUCUAUUACUAGCCAUGGGCUUGUUGACUAAAUUAGAACCAGCUCGGCCCCCAGGCUAGCCAGACGUGUUUCACACUAAAUAUCAAUAGCUUGUCUUGUGAAUCCAUUUUAAUCAGCCAGUGUGAGAUUGUGAAUCCACAUGUAUCUAUCACACACAGGCACACUAACAUAGAAGCUGCACUGGAAGUAGUCUUUAAUGAAGGAACAGUGGGAUAUCCUUUGCUCUUAGGCCCCGAUUCAAUCAAUCACAGAUAAAGAAAAUUGCACUGUGGGUAUACUCCGAAUGUCCAUGCUGUAUUCUUUUAAAAACAGAUUGGGUUUCAUGUUGACAUUGAAUGAUAAUGUCCGUGAGAGUAAUAACGUGUGUGGUGUGUCAGAUUUAACAUGGUUAACACCUCUGCUAGAGCAUAUACCAUAGAAAUAGAAUCUAGAAAUAGAAUCGAAAACUAGAUUAUAUUUCUAUGGCAUAAAAAUUGUGAGUGAACCCUCAGUGUGGUUUACUUUAUGCUAUGGAUUGAAUUAGUGCCACCAUAAGGCGUUAUGAUUCAUCAUUAGGCUACAAUAUCUUAAGUUAUGGUUUAUUAAGGUUUGACAGAGAAGAGAGUUUAUAUUUUUGACAUUGUUUCUUUCUUUCUUUUAUAUAACUAAAAUAAUUUGAAGCAGUUUGCACUUUUAUGAGGUAUUACGAUAUGAUUGGGUAAUUGAAGGGGAGCUAUUGGUUAGUCAAUAGAGACACUCUGAUCACAUUACAUUUUUUACAUUUAGCAGACGCUCUUAUCCAGAGCGACUUUCAGUUAGUGAGUGCAUAAAUUUUUCAU